AUGGCUGCCUCGCAGAACGCGAUCCUGACCCGCGAUCAGCUGGCGGGGUUACCGCAAAGCUUCUUCAAUGCGGUGGACAGAAAGGACCUCGAUGCUGUAGUAUCGCACUUCUCACAAGACGCGAUAUUCACCAUUAAGACGGCUCAGGUCACAUUCACGGGUCCGGACGAGAUCCGCCAUUCCUUCGCCGACUUCUUUAAUAACACCAAGCACAUGCUCCAUGACAUCAAGAGUAUUGUCGUCGAUGAGAUAAAUGGAAAGGUCGCAACUCAACAGCGCUAUACCGGCGAAUUGUUAGACGGGACGAAGAACGAGAUGCACACUUGCAAUUUCUUUGAUGUUGGGCCUAAUGGGAAAUUCACUCGUGUGGUUGUUUUUAUGACUGGUGCGAGCCCGUUGAAAUAG